AUGGCACAAUCAAGUUGGCAAGAACACCGUUCUAACAAUGUUCCACCUCUCCUUCUCGGCACUGAAAAUUAUAGUGAUUGGAAAUUCAUGAUGAAGAUUUUUCUCCAGAAUGACACCUAUGAGUGGGAUGCUAUUGAGAAUGGUAUCACUAUUCCUAUGAGAGAUGGCAAGCCUAAUCCAGUCAAAGAGCUCACUACUGAUGAAGUCAAUUCUCUAAACUAUAAUGCUCGAGCUAUGAAUUCUCUUCUGAAUGGUUUGUGUGCUACUGAAUUGCGUAAGGUCUCAGCAUGCACGUCUGCAAAGCAAGUCUGGGACACUAUUGUCGUUAGUCAUGAAGGAACUUCUAAGGUUCGGGAAGUUAAGCUAGAUCUGCUACUCAGUGACUACGAAAGUUUUAGGCUGGAAAAGGAUGAAUCCAUCAAGGAAGCUCAAGGACGAUUUCUCAUUCUCAUGAAUUUUAUUGCUCUACUGGAAAAACAUAUUCCUCAGGCAGAAAGCAACCGCAAAAUUCACAGAUCUCUGCCUAAGAAAUUUGCUCCAAAAGUAACUACUCUUCAGGACUCGGCAUUGAUUUCAGAGAUGGAAACUCUCACUCUCUUCAGCGAACUGGAAGAAUUUGAGAAUCAGUUGCGUAGGUAUGAUGAGGAAGAAGAAGCCUCGAUAAAGAAAACUCUCGCUCUCAAUGCUGACAUUGACUCCACUGAUGACUCAGAUGAAGAAAUUGCUCUUUUGACAAAGCGAUUUCAGAAAUUCAUGGCCAAGAAGAAAGCUGCUGCUCGACCUCAGAAACAGUUCAAUUCAUCGAAAUUCAAUUCACCAAAGAAGGAAACCAAGAACAAUUCAACUGAUGAUGCGUGUUUUGAAUGCGGCAAAAAGGGUCAUUUUAAAAAGGAUUGUUUCAAAUGGAAGGCUAAGAAAGCAUCUGGUUCGAAGGAAAAGAAAAAGAGCAAAGCCUUACUUACUUGGAGUGAUGAUGAAUCUGACGUCGAGGUGGACACUGAUGAUGAGCUAGCACAACUUUGCUUGGCAGGCAUUGAGGAAGUCUCCAGCGAUGAUGAAGAGGUACAUUCUGUUACUAUUCCUUCUAAUUCAGAAAUUCCAAGAGAUCUAUUAGCUCUUCAGGUAAAGAACAGGAAGCUACGUGACAAGAAUGCAUAUCUAAAGCGGGCUCUAAAUGAAGUGCUAAGUGAGAUUGAUGAUAAACUCAAAGAGGAAACUCAGGCAAUUGAAAACAAGAUUCUCUCGGAAAAGCUAGCAAAAUUAUCUGAGGAGAAUACUUCGUUAAAAAGUGAAAUUGAAAGGAAGGAUGCAGAUCUUUCAGCCCUACGGGAGGAAACCAAUACUGUUCGAGAAUUAGAAAAAAUAAAGGGUAUCACUCAACAAAAAUUUGAUGAGCUACAAAAGAAAAUUGAUCUACUAAAGAGGGACUUAGCAAAAUUUGUUCACGGAGAAGGUACUUUAGAUGCUCUAUUAGCUGAUCAAAAAUCCUCUCUUGAAAAGGAAGGUCUGGGCUUUAAAUUGAUUAACAAGAAUGCUUUUGGAAGGGGGAACCAAAGGUCAAAGAUGAAGUACAACAUGUCGUAUGAAAGAUGCACAGAUUGCAGUAGAAAGGGCCAUCCUUCAUCAAAAUCAAUUCUCUGUGCUCUUAAGAAUCACUUUACUAACCAUUUUGUUCGUGCUUCUCCUAAUAUUGUUGAAAUGUGGAUUAAGAAAUCUGAAAGGCAUUUAUAUAAAAUUGUUGAUACUAACACUGCAGGACCCAAGAUGAGAUGGGUACCUAAGAUAUAA